GAAUCCGCAAUUUCUUUGAUCUCAACAUUCGUCUAGCAUACAACGACUUUGAUUAAAAUAAUAUUUAACGAAUAAAUUUUUAAAUAUCUUAGUGUCGAUAAGUAACGUUAAUAUUAACGGAAAUUAUAACAAGAAAAAAAAAAUAAAUAAAAAAGUACCCUUAUUAUUCACAAACGACGAUAAUGAUAAUGAUAAUUGAUGAUAAACGACGAUGUAUAAAGUUAUAGAGAAAAAGAAGAAAAAAAAAAAAACAAAAUAUGCAUACUCUGUGUAUUAUUGCUGCAGACAAAGCUAUUGUUCGUUCUCCCGCUACGUGUAUGUAAAUACAUUUAUACAUACUUAUAUGUAUACAUAUACAUAUAUAAAUACGAAAGAAAGUAGACUCUAAGGGAUUACACACUCCAUAAAACGUGGACAAGAAAAAAAAAAAAGAUACACACACACGUAGAUAGAUAGUUUAUUAUACCAUUAUUAAUUAUUAUGAUUAUGAUUAUCAUUAUUACGAUUAAUUAUUACGAAAAGAAAACCGAUAUUUAAAUGUUGCUGAUUACGUGGCGAAAAAAAAAGCACGACUAUCGAGCGUCUAGUGUAUAAAUGAAGAGUGAUUACGGAAGAUUGCUUGCGUGAACGCGUGGCGUGUGUUGACUUUUUUUUUUCCGAACGAAAUUUGUGGGAAGAAUGCACGAGAAAGUGAGAGAGAAUGUGAACAAGGGGCCGUGUAUUGGGGGCGGAGUGGAAUGGAUGAGACAAUUGUACAGCCCUUAAAACUCCUACAAAAUAUCCACCCCCAAAGUCCUACACUAGCCCAUCACCGGUCGCCCCCAGUCAUAGCAAUUAUGAACCGCGGGCCGGCAGGUCUGAGUAUAAUUUUUUGUACUGUGUAAAUGUAAGAACAUACGUUUGAAUAAGAAAAAUUUUUUUAUUAAAAAAAAAAAAAAAAAAAAAAAAAAAAAUACAGUUUGCGUACUUUUAUUCAACUACAUUCAAUCGUAUUCUCAAAUACAAAUCGAGCCACGUGCGUGGGAAAUACGAAUUCUCUUUCCAAGUUGCAACAAAUGCUUAAGACUCGAUCCUAUUACGAAACUUGUUGCGCCGAUCUAGCACGCUAACUUGUUGCUUAUUGGCAAAAGUUUCGACAGUGAUUUCUCUCAGUAUAGUUAAGUAUAUUAAAGUAUCGAUCGUAUCGACGUGUCUUGAUAUCUUUAAAUUAGAUUGGGACGUUUAAAUUUCAGAUCGCUAUUAAUAGUUGCACAGAGAGAGAGAGAGAGAGAGAGAGAGAGAAAGAAAGAGUCGAGUAUCGAGAGUGGCAGAGUAUGAAGAUGAACGAUUCAUUGAUCGUGUUGCCUCCACGUUACCGACGAGAAAUCGAUUCCGUGCAUCUGUCGCGUCAACGAAUUCAGCUCAACAUCUUACGAAUCGUAAGAAUCUCGAGCCGUUUCCCGGUAGCUCUGCGAGCAGAGUCUUCCUUCGGAAGUAUAUUAAUACGUGGUUGAUAUUCGAGCGCGCGCAUCGAAACACGUACCGAUACGUGUCCGGAUUGUAAUACACACUAGCAAACGAUUCUGCUUCCGCUCCAAAACACACCUGGCUUGUUUCCGGGCGUUGAAUUUGCACGAAAUCGUACAAGACCGCGGGGGACUCGGCGGAGAGGCUUUUGACGCUGGCUAUACUCGGCCAAUGAUAGCAUAUCCGGCGUGAGAAGGACAGACGACCGAUAAACUAUGGCACAAGCCUGUGGUGGUUAAAUGUACGUGUACAGUGUCGCCUACACAUUCAUGCUUUCAAGAUGGCGCUCAACCUGCGGAGAGAGAGACGAUCGAGCGUCUGAACGGAUCUGCUAUAGCUGUGUCAAGCGUCGGACAAUGAACGAGUGCCGGACCGAUUUGCUGCUCGUUUUUGUCGUCGCUUCGACCAGUCAGUCAUCGUAAGGACAGUGUCGUGCGUUUCGGUGCAAGGGCAAAAUGUGUAGCCACAGACAGGGGAUCGUUAGGAUAGAGUCGGAAACGAGUACGUGCUAGUGGCAAUUCCUCGGUUAUGUCAGUGUGUUAAGUCAAAAUGGCAGCCACGUUAACUGUCGAGCAGGAACAGGCCACGAAAGAGUUUAUAGAAGCUGUUAAUAAAUGUCGGGCCGGAAGAAGAGCCGGUCCAGUGUCAUGGAGCACGGCUGUGAAAUUCUUGACAGCGAGAAAAUUCGAAGUGGCGAGAGCAUUGGCGUUGUACGAACAGCACGAGGCCACCAGAAGGCGAGAGGGUCUUGCACUUUUGUACCCUACUCAGGAACCAUUGCUCAGUGAAUUACGCACAGGGAAAUUCACAGUUUUACCUUCGCGAGAUGCUACAGGGGCAGCCAUAGCUAUUUUUACAGCACAUUUACACCUUCCGCAAAACACCACGCACCAGACGACGUUACAAGGUGUGGUGUACCAGUUAGAUGCAGCGUUAGAAAGCGUAGAAACUCAAAAGCACGGUCUGGUUUUUAUUUAUGACAUGUCGGAUAGCAAAUACCAGAAUUUCGACUAUGACCUCUCGCAAAAGAUUCUCACCCUGUUAAAGGGUGGUUAUCCAGCUAAAUUAAAAAAGGUCCUAAUAGUGACUGCGCCGCUGUGGUUCAAAGCUCCCUUCAAGAUCCUUCGAUUAUUCGUGCGUGAGAAGUUGAGGGACAGAGUAUUCACCGUAUCCAUUCCCCAAUUAACAUUACAUAUCCCGCGGGAAUCAUUACCGCAUCGCUUGGGCGGCACAUUGGAGAUACAGCAUGAGGCAUGGCUUCUCCACUGUCUUAAAUCCAUGACAAACAGGGGAGGGGGUGAACUUUGCGAGGUUACCCCCAGAGUGGGUACUCCUCUUUCGCCCACGUCGAAAAGUCACACGGUUCAUCAAAAUCCCAAUGGAACAGUCAGUAGCUCAACUAGUCCUAUAAUCGAUAAGAACAAAGUGAAAAAUGGUAUCUCUAAUAUCGGAGAUAUCGAGAUCACGAAUGGUGAUGCCUGGAUGGGAACCGAUGAGGCACCAUCUCCAGUUCAGCCUCCGUCCUCAGCUAGUUCGGGUUUUAGCGACGACGACAGCCUACACGGGGAUCUUGGCAUUCAGGCCGUUACCAUGGAACAACUUAUUGAAGAGAUCCAUUCGCGAGGACGCGCAGGACUCAUAGCAGAGUACGCGGAAAUUAGGCAAAGACCGCCCGAAGGUUCCUUCAACAACGCAAAAUUAAGAUCGAAUCAAUCGAAGAACCGGUAUACAGACGUGCUCUGCUACGAUCAUAGUAGAGUGUGUCUAUCACAGAUAGACGGAGACGCGACGUCGGAUUAUAUAAAUGCUAAUUUUGUUGAUGGUUACAAACAGAAGAAUGCGUUUAUUAGUACCCAAGGGCCGCUGCCGAAAACUUGCGGAGAUUUUUGGAGAAUGAUUUGGGAACAGCAAACUCUCGUUGUCGUUAUGACUACAAGAGUGGUGGAAAGAGGACGCACGAAAUGUGCACAAUAUUGGGGUCCAGAGCCGGGUGACGAAGUACAAGCGGGUGGUUUUACAGUAACCACUCUCGAAGUUGAUACGAAUCCUGAUUACACGAUAUCAAUGCUUCUCCUUACAAACAACAAGACUGACGAGGCAAGAGAAGUUUGCCACAUGCUGUACACCGCGUGGCCGGAUUACGGUGUUCCACAAUCGGCCAGAGCUCUGUUACAGUUUCUAGCCUUAGUAAGACAACAACAAAAUAAGUUACUUGCUAGCAGAGGGGAUACGUGGGCCGGACAUCCACGAGGACCUCCUAUAGUUGUUCAUUGCAGUGCUGGAAUAGGAAGGACAGGAACAUUUUGCACGUUAGAUAUUUGCAUAUCGCGACUAGAAGACACUGGAACUGUAGACAUCCGUGGAACCGUCGAAAAAAUCCGAGCACAGAGGGCCUACAGUAUUCAAAUGCCAGACCAAUACGUUUUCUGUCAUCGUGCUCUGGCAGAGUACGCACUUUCCAGAGGGAUGCUUAGUUCGCAACAUCUUGCUAUGUUACCUCCAACCACAGAAGAAGAUUCUGACUAGAGUGUAACCUCUAUUAUCAUGUACCAGAUUGAUGUUCUUCCCGAGUAUGCAUAGCAGUCUUACAUAGCCUAUUUCUAGCUUAAAUAACUAAAAGUUAUUUUUUGCUAUCAUCUCCAUCGAUGUAAUAUUUCGAAUUUCUACUCUUAUGUUAGGCUGUAUGUUUAGAGAAUAUCUAAAGAAAGACUAGUUUUUUCAAGGCCAAAUGUGCAGACAGAAAUCAUUCGUUCCUUGGUAUUUUGCUCUGUGAACGAUCCAAUGUUAAGGAGAAAUGACGCGGUCGCGUCAAUUAGAAACGGCUGUCCGAGUAAUAGCACAAAACGCGGCAUAAUCGGAUCUGCCGAUCCAAUUUUAACCCUCUCAUAUGUAAAUUUUAUUGUACAUUUUAAAAGGUGGCUAACGAGUUAUUUAAAACUUGUAAAGUACGAAAUGCCUUACUUUAUAAACAUUCCAUUUGAGAACAAUUACUAUGUCAAUUAAAUUAACGUGUAAUGUAUACGAGUAUGUGAAUUAUGCUAUUUCAUAGAUUUAAACAACUUUUCUUGUAUUCUGUGUUACACGUAACAGGGAUUAACAUUAUGAGGCUUAACGCUGCAACUAAUAAACUAUAGUCUCAUUGUUACGGAUAUUUAUAUACGGAUAUUUAGUUGGUAUAUUAUUAUAUGGAUUACUAAGUUCGAUAGAUAAAUAAUUGAUAGUAUUUUCUUUUAUAACGAUAUAUUUAGUUAUUUUUACGUUAUUGCGCAAUACCAAUUCGUACCAAUCACUAAAUCGUGAUUGAUUGCAUUAUUUGUUGAAAUAAGUAGCUUCGCAUUUUUAUCAUUUACGACUUGAUAGAAUUUGACGCUGGUUUUGUUGAACUCGCGCUUUAACAAAAACGUUACAUGCUAGUUGAUCUUUGUUGCUUUUUACGAGUCUUUCAUACUUUGAACACCUGUCUAAAAAAAUUAAAUUAUCAAGUACAAAGGAUAUAUUGUUAUAGAAUCUUUAUAUGAGAGGGUUAAACUUGUAAAACUGAUUUAUUAAGAAUGAAGACCUAAAGAAGAUUUAUUAAGAAUGACUUUACAAAAAAAAAGAAAAAAAUAAGAGAUAAGAAUGUUGCGGAAAAUCACAAAACUAUGGAAGAUAUAAUUUAAACGGCCGACUGAGCCACUGAUGUAUAAGAUUUAAAGACCUACAAAUAUUAUUAUUAAUAUGUUACAACGGCUUCCGCCAUACAGGAACUAAGUAACUACGAUCGUAUUAAAUAGGCAUUUUUGGGUAACCAAAGAUUAUCUCCCAUACACUGUCUCAGAACGAUUACAAUUGAAUCGUAUCUGGAUGUAGCUGGCUGACAUUUUACGAAAAAAAAAUUCCCAGGGAUCAUUGCAUAGAUUAAAAAUACUUCCAAUUCGAUAAAAUAUUAUUAAAAAGGAUUUAGAAUCGGAUCGAACUUCUGAAGGAGGUGCAGGGGGGGGGGGGGGUGAAUGAACACAACUAGUUUACCUCGAGAAUCAAACGUGCUUCGUUCUAGCAAUGAUAGGAUUUUUUAAAGAUCUUAGUGCAAGAAUACCAUGCAAAUUCAAAUUCACGCGCUCUUCCAUGGAAAGCCUUCGUGUACGAUACGAGAAUAAGAGAAAGAGAACAAUGUGAUUUAAAUAAUUUAAAUUCUUAGGAGGUCGAUUACACUUUUUGAACUUUGUUACGUUGAUGCUAUCAUGAAACGUGUAAACUUUUUCAAUUCACGCUUAAAUUAUAUCAGAUAUUCCAUUUAUGGAAGAAUCAAUAGGUUUUGAAUCAUCGUUGAACUAUUUUCGAUUUCUCGGCAGCUUUCUCAACAACGUAAUCUCAUCUAAAACAAAGUGUAUUUAAAGAUAGAGAUACACGAAGAAAGUACGCAAAUACUGAUAUAAUUUAAGAGCGUGUACAAAAUGUGCUGUUGUAGAUGCUAAUGCUUUUUAAUACAAAUUUUUAACAUUUGCUCGUUAAAAGGCAUAAACAUGCUAAGAGGUUUUUUAAACGAUGCGUUGUGAAAUGAAGCGCGCUUAUAACGAAAGCAGGAAAUAAUAGUAGAAAUUCUGUUCUAAACCAUGUUCACAUAGAUGUUUUACCUCAGAAUUUCUUAUUACAUGCAGUUUAAAACAUCCUAAAUAUCGAUGUCGAUCGAUGUCCGAUUUAUAGCUACCACUUUGUCUAACCGUCUAUUUGUUGAAUGUAUAUUAUAAUAGUUGCAAGGAAAUCGUAAUACUAAAUUGUUGUUAACAAAAGCAAUGGGAUAUUACAAUGAAUUUUUCUUGUGUCAUUGAAUUCGAUGUAUAAUACGGAAUUUUAACGGAGACAUCGUGAAUUUGUUAUUAUAUUGCGAAGUAUGAUAUGUGAUAGCCGUUCUAGGAUAUUCUCGAUAUUACAAUUUUGUUUCUUCUCUCUCUCUCUCUCUCUCUCUCUCUCUCUCUCUCUCUCUCUCUCUCUCUCUUUCUUUCUUUCUUUCUCUCUCUUCGCUUAUAAGAACGCUGCCAUGUUAACGUAAAUGUUUAAUUACGUAUCUUUGCGUUUUAUUUAAAUUUUAUAUUCUAUAUAUAGAUUUACCUGAUCGACUUAAUCUUGUAAUUUAUUCGUUUCAAUUUUGCCAUUUAUGCACUAGACGAUGCCAAUGAACUCAUAGGAAUCUUCAUUUUCUUUCUUUUUUUUUCUUUUUGUCGAGAGGAAAAAAAACUUUGCCCAGAACCCAAUAUAUGCGUGUAUUUUCUGUACAGUCUGUAUAUUAUGCGCAAAAAAAAAAAAUUUUCGCGGUGUCACUUCGAUUGGUUUAUCGAUCCAUCACGAUCUAUCGAUAGUGAACCGUUUGUUAGGAAUAUCUUCGAAUUUUAUAUAAACGAAAUGAAAAAGCGCUGUUAUACUAAAUGCUUAGUCAGACUUAAAAUAAGUUUCGAACGAUUUUUAAUAUAAUACACGUUCCUCCUACUCUUGGGUUACCUUAUAAAGGGCAUGCUGUCGAUACAAUCAUGUUUAUUAAUUAUUACGAUUAUUAUUAUUACUAUUAUUACUACUAUCACUAUUGCUACUAUUAUAAUUAUAUUAUAUUAUAAUUAUAUUUCUCUAACGUAUGUAAUUAGUUCACAGUGCCCUUUUAUAUAUUAUCUAUUAUAUUUAUUAAAAAGAUUAUCCUGAAGUAUUCAUACGAUGUAUAUAAUACGCACAUAUUAUCACGAAGUCUUAAGGUUCACUUAAACCUCCAUGUUCUCAGGGUUUCACUUUCCAAGAACCUGCUGGUUGGAAGUAUAAAGAAAGGAGGAAAGAACAGUUGCACAAUAACACUCGGCUUUAUGACGAUUCGUUAAGUCAGGAAAGUGAACGAGAAUUUUUGUUGAACAUUUGCACUUUUUCGUUUCGCCAAGAUUGAAAAUAAAGAAAAUAAAGAAAAGAUAAGAUAAUACUCGAGGUAAUACGUGUAAAAUAUCGCACUACAAAAAUAUAUUGAGCCAAAAUGCACAUUGUUUCCUUUAGCCCGAUGUUUCUCUCUUUCAUUUUUUUUCAGUUUGAAAACUAGUGCAGUCUGUGAAUACGGAGGUUUUAUCGAGUUUUUAAUUUUCCUCGAAUGCGAAAGAAAAAUUCCGUUUUUCGUCAUUUCUCUCUCGCUCUCUUUCUUUCUAAUUAAGUGUGGAUGUAACGUGUGAUUUUGUAGUAAUUUGUGUGUGUCUAUGUUUCAUAAUAUCCUGAGAUGUGUAUCGGUAAAUCGAAGAUAAAUGCGCAAAAAAGAAAAAGAAAAAAGAAAACAAAAACGGAAAGAAACCAUCGGAGCAGGCACUAAAGAUUUUUGUAAGACAUUUGGACGAGUAACGUAUAUUUUAAAUUCCCUUAGAUUAAUUUUUUUUUACACGUUAUCCGAAAACUAAAGGUAGAUUAAUCUAACCGAUUCAACAGUAUUAUGAUCCUGUAUAAUUUUAUAUUCUCAAUGUUCAUCCCUUUCUCACGCGUGAUCAGUAUUCUCUCUGCUCUUUGUUCGAUUAUUCUCAUUCGUCUGAAAUUUCAACUGUUUCGAUUGUUAGUCAAUUACUUUAGUCCUACGAUUCUUUAAGCUAAACUCGAGAAAUUCCAUUAACGAUAUAUGUAUAUAUAUAAUAUCUUCUGAAAUACAUAUAUUCGCUCGGUUUUUAUACGAUAGAAAAAAAAAACUAGACAUGAAAUAUGAAAGGAAGAAUCGAUAUCGAAAAAGUGGUUAUUUUGUGAUUCUUGGUGUCUAUUCAAUCAUAAAAAGUAAAAAAGAAAA